CGUAGCUAGCGAUCAUCACAUCACAUACAUGGCGGCUAGCUCACCGCGGAAUCCCCCUCCUUUCCCUGGAGCAGAGAACCAAGACCCACUUUCCGAAAUGGCAGAUGGAGACAGUGAUGAAGGGGAGGAUGCAUUCGUUGGCAAUGUAAGAACUAGACAUAUAUCAGAUUAUACUAGCUACAGCUUGUCCUGACUGAAGCCGGAUUUGUACACCAUUCCAUAGCAUGCUAAUGUUAGCCCUGUACACUACAGAACUGAGCUUAGCCAACCAGCUAGCUAGGCUCAACUUUUCCAGUCUCCAGUCUGGUACAAUCCAUUAGAUAGCUAACGUUAACUCCUUUUGUUUUUUGAAUGGAAGCUGCACUCACUCAACCUCUUAACUUGUUGAGCGCUGGUCUGCAGCCUAUAUAUAUGUAUAUACCUGUGUGAAGCUAGCCACAAUAGUGGAAUUUGCGGUUUGCUUUCAAAAUAAAAGUGCCCCAUUGAAAGUUAUUCAAAUGGAUACAAAUAGUGGAAUUAUGCUAUAUUUGACUAACUAGAUAAUGCUAAACAAUGUAGGAAUGUGCUUAUAUACAUUCAACAAAAUACAAUUUCAAAAAAAUAUCAGUUGAAAUCGCACUGUGGGUGUAUUAGACUAGAAUUGCAUUGGGGGCAUACUUAUAUUUCACUGUACAGUCUUGACUAAACAUCAGACUGGAAACAGAAUGUUACCAUGGUUAUUAGAUGGCUAAUCAGUCUGAAAGAAGUCGCUGUAAAAAAAGACGCAAUUCUCUACAAGCCAGAAUGUUGAGUAAAAUGAUAUGAGGUUACUUUACCGGUUGUCUGUGCAGAACCUCCCGACGCAGCAAAAAGACAAGUAAACAAUACUUUACUGUAGACAUUUGAUCUCCACAACUUUUUGCGACGCCGGUAAGUUCUGUCACUUGUAUUUUCCAUCUCCUGAGCAUUUCACGUGGUGCACAAUAUGUAAACAAUAGCCGAAUAUAAUCGAACAUUGUCGACUAAAGCACGUUCCGUCCCAGUCAGUUGGGACAAUAUUUGUGUAAACUCUUCACAGUCGUGUUCUGUGAGUGUCCCUGAGUAGGCUAAUACCUCAUUUCAUGGGUGCAACAUCCAUAGGUUACAUUUACAUUUACAUUUUAGUCAUUUAGCAGACGCUCUUAUCCAGAGCGACUUACAGUUAGUGCAUACAUUAUUUUUUAUUGAACCCACAACCCUGGCGUUGCAAACGCCAUGCUCUACCAACUGAGCUACAUCCCCUGCCGGCCAAAUCCCUCCCCUACCCUGGACGACGCUGGGCCAAUUGUGCGCGCCGCCCCAUGGGUCUCCCGGUCGCAGGUUAGGCUGUACAGUGCAUAUAAGUAUGCCCCAAAUGAAAUUCUAAAGUCUUAUACAUCCACAGUGCGAUUUCAACUGAUUUGUACUGCUUUGGGUCAAAUUAACUAAUUAUUGUCUUGAAAUUAUAUAACAUUCCGAUCUUGUUUAGCAUUAACUAGUCCAAAUAUGGCAUCAUUCCACUAUUUGUACUAGCUAGUUAAAAAAAUAAAAUAAUUAUGCACGCAUGACUAAGUCGCUUUGGAUAAAAGCGUCUGCUAAAUGGCUUAUUAUUAUUAUUAUUAUUAUGAUUAUUAUUAUAUAUAGCCUCAUUCUUGAUAUUACAUUUUUUUUUUUUUUUUUUACUUUAGUUUAUUUAGUAAAUAUUUUCUUUACUCUAUUUUAUUAACUGCAUUGUUGGUUAAGGGUUUGUAAGUAAGCACCUGUUAUAUACGGCGCAUGUGACAAAUAAAACUAUUUGUAUCCGUUUGAAUCUCUUUCAAUGGGGGACUUUUAUUUUGAACGCGAACUGCAAAUGCCAGUAUUGUUGCUGAUCCUUAUUGUGGCUAGCUUCACACCGCUGUAGCUAACCUAGGUGGCUAAUUCUGUUAUGAUUUUAGCCCAUCUGAGCAAUGGUUGCCAUCACUCUUGUCCAGGACCUUGGCAGCUGAUAACGUAACUAGUUAGCUAGUUAAAUCUGUUAUAUUUUCACAACUUCACUGAACGUUGGCUAGCUAGUUCUACUAAUAUCUAUAUAUCUAACUUCAGUUGGACACACUUUUGUUUCCACUCAAAUAAAGAAAGGAAAAGAUGCGACAUUUUCUUCAAAUCCCAUAGUGGACAAUAGUCCACACUUGAGCAGUUACCCCCACCUUCAUUUUGGACAAACCGUAGUUUGACAGUAAUGGACUUGUGGCUAUGUAGGCCCAUGUAAUACACACCAUUAAUACAUCAUUGUAAUACAGCAAUGUAAUACAUAAUUAAAGGGACAAUUCACAAUUUUUCAAAUUCAUAAUCUCCAACACCAGCUGGAGGUGAAUAUGAAGUGUAAAAAAUGAUAAUAAUUGCCCUUUAAAACUAACUGUCACAAUCAACUGACCUGGCCCCUUUUCACUGAUAUCUCAAGUCCACCCCAUCCAAAUAUUGUGGUUUUGGCUUCUCCUUGUAUGCGAAAGGUUUAAACAGCUGCACUAAAAAAGUGACCUGACUAAGUACCCUCAGUUUGAAUUCCUCUAUACCUUAUUGUGUUUCUAACUGCUGUACUAAUUUUCUUCUUUCUUGGUUUUUAAUUACCCUUCAGAGCAACCCUGUUGCAGAGUCCUUUCAUUCGGAGGCAGCCAAAGGUGAAGAACCAGCCGAUGUCUUCAGUGAAAAAGAAACCAGCACCACUGUCAACAGUUCCAUCACAACCUCCAACCCCAAGUCCAACGGUGCCCAUUCAGACGAUGAGAAUGAUCUAUUUGCAGGCAUGUUAUCAUUUUUACCUUUAUUAUUACCCAUACUGGACUGAAGAGCUGAAUUGGUUUCAUCUCCCAGUGACGUCCUUGCUUAUGUUGCAUGUUGCCAAUCCCCUCAGAGGCCUCGGUGGAGCUGUCCAUGGAGAACCCCAGCGCCACAGCCAAGCCCUCCGGAGCUGAAUCCACCCGGUCACUUACACCAAGCACAGCAGCAACACAACCCAAGUCUAUAGAGCAGGUAGGCUACAGCAGGACAUGCCCAACAAAUUCCACCACAGUUGAGUUUGAUGUAAUAUGUUGUUGUCUGCUGCUUGUUGCUUCGGAGGGCCAUUAUGCCAUACCGUAAUUAUUAUCAGCCCUCGAAAGACAGAUAUAGGGAAUAUUUUCUGUUUGUUUGUUUUUUCACCUUUAGUUAACCAGGUAAGCCAGUUGAGAACAAGUUCUCAUUUACAACUGCGACCUGGCCAAGAUAAAGCAAAGCAGUGCGAUUAAAAACAACACAGAGUUACAUAUGGGGUAAACAAAACAUAAAGUCAAAAAUACAACAGAAAAUAUAUAUACAGUGUGUGCGAAUGUAGUAAGUUACGGAGGUAAGGCAAUAAAUAGGCCAUAUAAAUACAUACAAAUACUGGUGACCUUAUGAGACUAGCAAAACCCCAAACAUUUUCAUCAUCAUCAUUUCAUUAUGCAGCGUUAGCAAAAGAGAAAGAAUAAUUACAGUCUUGUUGUUCAUUUCCACCAAUUCAGUUGGAAGAGGAAGAGGGCAAGGACAACUUUGACUUGGAUGUUGCUGUCACCAAUCCAGAGAAAAUUGGUAAGGGAUAUUUCUACGUUUUCUUACUGUCUUUAAACUAAUGUUUAGCUACCAUUUUAGAAGCAUUGGAAAUGUGUAUUCUGGUUGAAUCCAUUGGAGCCAUGAUGUAAUUAUCUUAUCUUCCUCUCAAUUGAGUUUAGUUUUGAAAGGAGGAAGCCAAGAUGGCGUCGCUGUGAGAGGGAGCGUUUUUUCGCUUGUCCAAGCAACUUUGAGGGUUAGGUGGUUAACGGUCUAAUAUUGGCUAUCAAUGUAGCAAGAAACUAACUAGAACUUGUUUUAGCUACAUAUGGCAAGUUUAGAGUUAGUUUUUGUCACGUUGAAUGGGAAGAACACGACAGAAAGACAACAGAAGACGGAAUAUCAAAGCCUCACAGAAGACGGCAGGCAUGCUAGCUAGCUACGGCAAGAGCCAGAGUAGCAUGGAUAUGCAAGAUGCCACGAGCUCAAGCAAGAGAAAGAACAAGACGGACCAGGACGAGAUCCUCGCGACCUCUUUACCUCAGUUUAGUUUUUAAAUGUUGUUCACUAUUGGUCCUGGAGGGCUGUAGCCAGGAUAUGCUAGUUUUUUUCUUAUUUUAGUUUGUGUGUCAAUUUCCAGUCUCGGAUUUCAUAUUUGAAACUAAACUGUGUCUCAACCUCUGUAACAUGACAAUUUGAUCUUCCCUUUUAGGAGAUGGCAUGAAUGCUUACAUGGCCUACAAAGUGUCUACUCGGGUAUGUAACUUCUGCAAAAUCGGGACUUUUUAAACAGCUAGUUCUGGUCAUGUACGUAGUAGCACUCCCAAACCAUUUGUACUGUACUUUUCACUGUGACCAUGAACAAUUUGAAGGAAUUACUCAGUGCUUGUGUUGAGUAGGUCUACUUCUGUCAGUGUCCUCUAUGAAAUCAGAACUUGUGCUUUUGUCUUUCGCAAACUGAUACUAAUCUUCACUAAUUACACCCCCCACCCCCCAGACUACAUUACCCAUGUUCAGGAACAGGACAUUCUCGGUGUGGAGGAGGUUCAGUGAUUUCCUUGGGCUAUAUGAGAAGCUGUCGGUGAAGCACUCCCUAAACGGCUGUAUCAUCCCUCCACCACCAGAGAAGAGCGUUGUGGGUAAGGAACUACUUUUGCCCGCCAGUUUCAAAAACAAAACCACUGGUUGCAGGCAGAGUAUACAAACCCAGUAGAUUUCACAGGUGCAGGGUACUGAACACGGCACAUGAAAGACACUAGUAACACCAUGGCUUCACUCCACAGGGAUGACCAAAGUGAAGGUGGGAAAGGAGGACUCUUCCUCUGCUGACUUUGUGGAGAGGAGGAGAGCGGCUCUGGAGAGGUAGGACCUGAAGCAGCACCUUUUACCAUUGUUGUACUCUGGAGAGGUAGGACCUGAAUCAGCACCUUUUACCAUUGUUGUACUCUGGAGAGGUAGGACCUGAAGCUGCAGCUUUUACCAUUGUUGUACUCUGGAGAGGUAGGACCUGAAGCAGCACCUUUUACCAUUGUUGUACUCUGGAGAGGUAGGACCUGAAGCUGCACCUUUUACCAUUGCUGUACUUUGGAGAGGUAGGACCUGAAGCUGCACCUUUUACCAUUGUUGUACUCUGGAGAGGUAGGACCUGAAGCAGCACCUUUUACCAUUGUUGUACUCUGGAGAGGUAGGACCUGAAGCAGCACCUUUUACCAUUGUUGUACUCUGGAGAGGUAGGACCUAAAGCUGCAGCUUUUACCAUUGUUGUACUCUGGAGAGGUAGGACCUGAAGCUGCAGCUUUUACCAUUGUUGUACUCUGGAGAGGUAGGACCUGAAGCAGCACCUUUUACCAUUGUUGUACUCUGGAGAGGUAGGACCUGAAUCAGCACCUUUUACCAUUGUUGUACUCUGGAGAGGUAGGACCUGAAGCUGCACCUUUUACCAUUGUUGUACUCUGGAGAGGUAGGACCUGAAGCUGCAGCUUUUACCAUUGUUGUACUCUGGAGAGGUAGGACCUGAAGCAGCACCUUUUACCAUUGUUGUACUCUGGAGAGGUAGGACCUGAAGCAGCACCUUUUACCAUUGUUGUACUCAGACUUCGCAUGUACAGUUCUGUGAAGUAUCAAGUUCAGAUUGUGUUUUAUAUUAGCCUGUUGAUAUUUGUUAUAUUCUUUUGCUUUUGUUAAGAAUAUGGCAAAAGUCCACAUGCAAUGCAUUCACAAUACAUUUCUCAACGAUGUAUUGCUGUAUCUUCAUUGAUAUGGCAGGCGUUGCAUUGUUUCCUACCUGUAAUCUAGCCCAUUUAUAUUUGCGGGAUUUUCUAGGUACCUCCAGAGAGUAGUGUCUCACCCGUCCCUGUUACAAGACCCUGAUGUCAGAGAGUUCCUGGAAAGAGACGAGGUAGGUGACUCUUCAGUCAUUAGCUGUCAAUACUGUUCUCUCACAAAGUACUGGAAUCAUGCAUUCAUUUGUUCACUGUGUGUGUCUGCGUGUGUGUGUCUGCGUGUGUGUGUCUGCGUGUGUGUGUCAGCUGCCUAGGGCGGUGGGUACACAUGCACUGAGUGGAGCUGGCUUCCUGAAGAUGAUCAACAGGGCGUCUGAUGCUGUCAAUAAGAUGACCAUCAAGAUCAACGACUCAGACACUGUAAGACAAUCACUGUUGUGGUUGAUUUACUCAAAUGACAAAAAUGAAAUUAUAGCAGUAAAGUAAAUUAUCUAAAUUAAUGUUUGAGCUUGUGCCUUUUUUUUCCUGUAAAAUGUGAGCUUUCUCUUUACUGUCUGCUAAACGAAAUGCGUAUGCUUCUGUAAAGCUUUGGGUAGAUAAGUCCCCUUUGUCAUUCAAAUAGUUUUAAUUGAUGUUGAUUGGUUGCCUGAUCGUUCCUCCCACGUUGCUUUGUGUUCCAGUGGUUUGACGACAAACUGCAGGAGGUGGAGAGCGAGGAGCUGCAGCUGAGGAAACUCCACGCGGUGGUGGACUCCCUGGUCAACCACAGGAAGGGUGAGUUUCACAGGAAAAAAGGGAAAUGUCUGCUUCCAAACCCUUUGGAUAAGAUUGGAUCUUUAAAGCAGACGUUCCCUUUUUCCUUUGUGACCCUGGUAUAUCUGUUGUGUUUGGUCAGAGCUCUGCGGGAACACGGCGGUGUUCGCCAAGAGCAUGGCCAUGCUGGGCACCUCGGAGGACAACACAGCUCUGUCCCGGGCCCUCUCCCAACUGGCCGAGGUGGAGGACAAGAUGGAGACACUACACCAGGAGCAGGCGGCCAGCGACUUCUUCAUCUUGGCCGAGCUGCUGGCCGACUACAUCCGCAUACUAGGGGCCGUCAGGGUACGGAAACUUCAUUCUACAUCCGCAUACUAGGGGCCGUCAGAGUAUGGAAACUUAAUUCUGCAUCCGCAUACUAGGGGCCGUCAGGGUACGGAAACUUCAUUCUGCAUCCGCAUACUAGGGGCCGUCAGGGUACGGAAACUUCAUUCUACAUCCGCAUACUAGGGGCCGUCAGGGUAUGGAAACUUAAUUCUGCAUCCGCCUACUAGGGGCCGUCAGGGUACGGAAAAUUCAUUCUACAUCCGCAUACUAGGGGCCGUCAGGGUACGGAAACUUCAUUCUGCAUCCGCCUACUAGGGGCCGUCAGGGUAUGGAAACUUCAUUCUACAUCCGCAUACUAGGGGCCGUCAGGGUAUGGAAACUUCAUUCUACAUCCGCAUACUAGGGGCCGUCAGGGUACGGAAAAUUCAUUCUGCAUCCGCAUACUAGGGGCCGUCAGGGUAUGGAAACUUCAUUCUACAUCCGCAUACUAGGGGCCGUCAGGGUACGGAAACUUCAUUCUACAUCCGCAUACUAGGGGCCGUCAGGGUACGGAAACUUCAUUCUACAUCUGCAUACUAGGGUCCGUCAGGGUACGGAAACUUCAUUCUACAUCCGCAUACUAGGGGCCGUCAGGGUACGGAAACUUCAUUCUACAUCCGCAUACUAGGGGCCGUCAGGGUACGGAAACUUAAUUCUACAUACGCAUACUAGGGUCCGUCAGGGUACGGAAAAUUCAUUCUACAUCCGCAUACUAGGGUCCGUCAGGGUACGGAAAAUUCAUUCUACAUCCGCAUACUAGGGUCCGUCAGGGUACGGAAAAUUCAUUCUACAUCCGCAUACUAGGGGCCGUCAGGGUACGGAAACUUCAUUCUACAUCCGCAUACUAGGGGCCGUCAGGGUACGGAAACUUCAUUCUAUGGCCUGAAUUCUAAAUAGAAAACUACGACUACAUUGAUUGGAUGAGUAAAUCCUAAUAGAUAGCAAUGGAAGAUUAGUAAAAAAAUAAAACAUUUGUGCUAGCUUUGGUGCUAAAUUGGGUAGCUACUAGCUAGAAUCGGAGUGCCCUCGAUGUGAAAUUGAUGUGGUGCUAAUUUUGGCCCAAACUCGUGCAGUGCGGCUAAUUUGGGCAUUCUCGUUGUGUUUUCCACAGGGCUGUUUUGAGCAGCGCAUGAAAACGUGGCAGCGUUGGCAGGAGGCUCAGAGCACCCUGCAGAAGAAGAGGGAGGCCGAAGCAAAGUUACUGUGGGCCAACAAGCCAGACAAACUACAACAGGCCAAAGAGGAGAUCACUGAGGUACAGGAGCCAGCACUGUGGUAAUGCAUACUUAAAGGGAGGUGGUAUUGCUUUGAGUUCUAUUUCCACCUAAAACUCUCCUUAUUCCCCUCUUGUCUUUCAGUGGGAGGGUAAAGUCACUCAGUACGAGCGGGAUUUUGACAGGAUGUCUGUAACCGUUCGCAAGGAAUUCCUCAGGUUUGAGGUAAGGCUCGUCCUUUUCAUUUGAGCAACAUUGUGCUGCUGUAUUCAGGAUACAGGAUAGUUUUGAGUGAGAAAAUCUGCGUGACAGUUAUUUUCUCCCCCUCAUCUAACAGAAAGAGAAGUCCAAGGACUUCAAAAGCCAGAUAGUGAAAUAUCUGGAGUCUCUUCUACAGUCUCAACAGCGGGUAAUCUUUACUAUUUUUUUAUUUAAUAUGUGCGUUUUCGUGUAACUGUUUGCUUGAAAUGUUGGCCUUUAUACUGCAAAUAUUGAUGUGCUCUCUUUUCACUUUUCUUCCUCUUGGAUCUAGCUCGUAAAGUUCUGGGAAGCAUUCCUGCCUGAAGCAAAGGCGAUAGCAUGAUGAGGACGUUAGGAAGAGACCGACUGCCUUUUUUGAACACUUUACCUCCUGACUAUGUACCCAGAAGACAAUGCCACUACAGCUCAUCCAUAUUAUUUUAGCAUUAGUGAUUUAUUUUCCAGCUCUUCAGUAUGCUCUACAUCGGCACAAUGUAUUGAUUCAACAGAGAUGAAUUUGACAGUAUAGCUUUUCUAUCGAAAUAUGUCAGUGGUGUGAGUGGGAUAUUUUUACUCUGUGUUCUUGGGCCACCCUUGCUCAGAUAGGAAGAGUAUGACUUUCCAAUCCUAAACUGUUAACAUUUUGAGGUACUUCCCUAGAUUAGUAGUGUUUGUUUACAGUAGAGGGCAGUUCAUCACUGUUUACUAAAGCUCAUGAAAUAACUUUUGGAUCCACAAAAACGCAUAGGGGAAUGUAGCAAAUUGUGUGUGUCGUGUGAAAUACCACUUUGACUAGAGAGCUCAUUCAAAUUGAUAGUAUUAGUCCGUCUAAUGGUCCUUAAUUUGUACAUUUCCAGACCUACAGUGACUGCACAAAAUAAUGGAAGCACGGAAUGUAUGUUUAUGUUGACCCAUCAGAUGAGUGUGCGUGUGCCUGCCUGCGUGUUUGCGCGUGUGCUCCAUUGUUUGAUCAUCAGUUGAUAUACAUCUGUAACCUCAAAUAAUUAUGUUCAACAACAGUCUUUCUGAACUGACCAUCAGUAUGUUGUUCUCUGAAAUGCUAUUUUUAAAACAUCUGUGUUCGAACAUGUAGCCUCAUGAAAUGUGUCAUGUUCAGUGUUGGAAAAAGUACUCAAUUGUCAUACUUGAGUUAAAGUAAAGAUACCUUAAUAAAAAAUGACUGAAGUAAAAGUCACCCAGUAAAAUACUACUUGAGUAAAAGUCCAAAAGUAUCUGAUUUUAAAUGUACUUAAGUACAGUGGUGGAAAAAGUACAAAAUGUUCAUACUUGAGUAAAAGUACAAAGUAAAAGUCAAUGCUAUACAUAAAAUUCCUUAUAUUAAGCGAACCAAACGGCACGAUUUUCUUGUUUUUUAUUUAUUUACAGACAGACGGUGGCACAAUCCAAAACUCAGACAUAAUUUACAAACACAGUAUUUGUGUUUAAUGAGUCCGCCUGAUCAGAGGCAGUAGGGAUGACAAUGCGUGAUAUUGAUAGGUGCGUGAAUUGGACUGAAAUAGGUGUCAGUACUCAUUUUGGGUGCUGGUACUGUUUAGGUGCAAGAACUCCGCAGUACCUUUGAACUAAUAUUCUAUAUAAGGUGCAGGAACUCAAGCAGUAGAAAAUUAGGUGCUGGUAUUCAGUUGGGGUUAUACACAAGUCCAGCACUGACUAGCAGUGUGUAUUGAUGAUGAAAGCAUAGUGGUAACAAGUGUUGACUCCUUUAAUUUUCUUACCCAACAUUUAUAUGAGUGUCUGUUAUUUUUCCUCAAGAUGUGCUUUAUUUUUGUAACCACUUGCAUUUAGAUAAGAUAUUCCUGAAAGUGCUAUAGAUGGGAGUAAUAAAGAUGAUUGAUUGAACUUGGUUUAAUGUUUGAGGCUGGGGUUUUUUGUCCAUAAAAUUACAUUAGUAUCCAAGAAUGUAGGACAGGGAAUAUCAUAUGGAGGUUAUUUGGUGCAUGGUUUCAAUCAUAUUCCAUCCCCAUAAUAUACAUUUUAAAUUACUGAUCUUGUAUGAGUGGAGUAGGUACGAGUGUUGCAUUGUUGAAACCAUUGAGUUACAUAAUUUGAAGUCAUAUACUCAAAUAAUUAUUCACCAUUAUUAAAAAUAUAUAUUUUUUUUACUUGGGUCAAAAAAAAUAAGUAUCGAACCCUGUGCAACCUGGAAGUGUUGACGCAAGCGGGUGUGCUGUUCAUAGCUCAAUGGUGCGGUUGCCUGUACUUCCGGAGAACGUAAAACGUUUCACGAGCAGCGAGAUAGCGAGAAGAAGAAAAAUAAUGAAAGGGUUGCUAGUCUGUCUCUCUUGACUUAUAAUUAUACAAUAUUUAUAUUUUAUAGAAUUAAAUACAUUCGAACACCUUGCGGACAUUUAAGUGAAAUCGCAAGAGGCGUCUGAAUCAACAGUUAUCACCACAGCUAAAGUAAGUAGGUGGUUGUUUGCAUGAUGAUAGCUAGCCUCGUUGCUAAUGACGAUAACUACUGUAGCUAGUUAGCUAUUUUCCAUUUCCUCGUUCCACCUAAUUUGGGUUAACCGAAAUUACGUUCCCCCUGAAACAAUUGUGGUUCCAUGUCAAUGAGACUAGCUAUAGCUAAAUAUCAAUUAAAUAAAUGGCGCUGUUAGUUGGCCUGCUAGCUAGCUAACGUAUCCAAGCAAGUAACGUUAUUGCUUUUUCAUCCAAAUCAUUUUUUUUGCAUAGUUAGCUACCUAACGUUAGCUGGAUAGAUGAAAGUUAUGGAUGGAUAACAUUGCCCAAUUUAACAUUAUGGGUGCUUGCUUUUGACAAAACAAACGCUAACUAUCUAACGUUAGUUAGCUAACGUUAUGGACAUUACCAUCAUUGGAUCAGUGUGUGAAAGCUAGUUAACGUCAAUUUACACAUCUACUGUAGGUAGCAAGCUAAUCGAUAUGUCCACAUUGUCAUGAAGUAGCUUUUGUCUACGGAAGAAGGCUAUAAUAACAAACGUCGCUGCUGGCAUCGUUUAGCUCGUGGAAAAGCAUAUUCGCUGUUAACGUUAAAUCAGUAUUUUCCCUGUUAGCUAGCUAACUAGGUAUGUCUUGUUAUUUAAAUUGUGUAGGCCUAACUAUAGCCAUUAUUUUCUGGAGAAAAUGAUUAGACCUACAGUAGAAUGAUUCCUCAUUUGAUGUUAAUCUGGCUACCUGAGACAAAAUAUAUUGACGUAUAGAAUAUAAAUGACUUUAUUUACAGUAUAUAUGGACAAAUAUGCGUGCAAAGUGAGAAAAUACUGAGUGAGCCAUUGAGGAAAAAUGGAGCAGGUGAAAUUCUUUACAACCUUGGGACAUGAGUGUUUGCACCUUAGGCCAGCACAGAGGGUCAAUCAGGGCGGGGUCAUGAUAAUUUGUUUAUCCCUUUCAACUUCUGUUCCAUGGCAUCUCAGCAAUUUUUUUGGGGGGGGUGGUUAGAACUAAUCGAUGGUAUGAAUUUGACAGUAUAGCUUUUCUAUCGAAAUAUGUCAGUGGUGUGAGUGGGAUAUUUUUACUCUGUGUUCUUGGGCCACCCUUGCUCAGAUAGGAAGAGUAUGACUUUCCAAUCCUAAACUGUUAACAUUUUGAGGUACUUCCCUAGAUUAGUAGUGUUUGUUUACAGUAGAGGGCAGUUCAUCACUGUUUACUAAAGCUCAUGAAAUAACUUUUGGAUCCACAAAAACGCAUAGGGGAAUGUAGCAAAUUGUGUGUGUCGUGUGAAAUACCACUUUGACUAGAGAGCUCAUUCAAAUUGAUAGUAUUAGUCCGUCUAAUGGUCCUUAAUUUGUACAUUUCCAGACCUACAGUGACUGCACAAAAUAAUGGAAGCACGGAAUGUAUGUUUAUGUUGACCCAUCAGAUGAGUGUGCGUGUGCCUGCCUGCCUGCGUGUUUGCGCGUGUGCUCCAUUGUUUGAUCAUCAGUUGAUAUACAUCUGUAACCUCAAAUAAUUAUGUUCAACAACAGUCUUUCUGAACUGACCAUCAGUAUGUUGUUCUCUGAAAUGCUAUUUUUAAAACAUCUGUGUUCGAACAUGUAGCCUCAUGAAAUGUGUCAUGUUCAGUGUUGGAAAAAGUACUCAAUU